GAUCGUUUGGGCCACCCGUCAGCUCCACUUGCUGACCUCCAGUCCUCCACCAUGAAUCGGGGAUUCCCAAUCUCGUGUCCCCGGAGCUCCCUUCCCUCCCAGCGCCGUCGCCUCUUGCCCUCACCGUCUGGCUCGGACGGGGAAGCACGGCUGCGUGGAGGAGGCCUCGAUCUGACGCCCUGUGAUCUCGCCGUCCCGGCCCGACAGGCGGCGGUGGCCACCCCCAUUCUCUGCGGCGGCCUGUCUGCCUCCCAGAUCCGGCCGGCGCUGCCUGUCCACCGCGGCCAGACCAAGAAGACCGACCAUGGGGCGUUUGAAGAGGACGGGAAGCAAAAGGGUGGAAGGAGGAUCAGUCAGACAUGUUGCCCAAAUAAUAUUUAUGUGGUUCUGAUAAAAAGAAGAAAGAGGAAAGGAACAAAUAAGUUAAUUGGAUCUCAUGAUUAUUGUAGACUUGGAGUGACGACUCUUCAUACAAAAUUGCAAAGUCCAUAUUGUGUUGGACCUCCAUUGAUGUCGAUGUUACAUCCAUCAUCCAAGUAGCUGGAUUACAGUUACUCUUUAUUUUUGGGACUCCAGAAAUUUUCUAUCAAGUGGACAAGCAAAAUUCAAUCUAUUAGAACCAAAGGACACGUCACAAAUAUGGCAGAGCCAUGCCACAACCGUGCUUCCUCUCUGAAAACACCGAAACACAUACAUGGAUAUGCAAACAAAGUUCUUUAGUAUGUUUUUAG